GCGGUGCUCGGCUGUUUCCGGUACCCUGUAUCACCCAAAACAAGAUUGAAACGGACAAAUCACCGUCUGUGCUUUUGAGAACAGCGCGCUUGCUUGUCAUCCAACUUCUGCGGAAGGGUUUAAAACCCCUCACUAUGUGAUAGAGCACCUUUAGACGGAGGAUCAUGGACAGUUACUCGUUCGUGAGGGUUGUGGGGAAGGGCAGCUAUGGGGAGGUGACUCUGGUCAGACACAGGUCAGACCGGAAACAGUAUGUGAUCAAGAAGCUGAACUUGAGAACGUCCUCCAGACGUGAGCGGCGAGCCGCGGAGCAGGAAGCCCAGCUCCUCUCACAGCUCAAGCAUCCCAACAUCGUCACCUACCGGGAAUCAUGGGAAGGCGAGGACUGUCAGCUUUACAUCGUGAUGGGCUUCUGUGAGGGAGGAGAUCUCUACCACAGACUCAAACAGCAGAAGGGAGAACUGCUGCCUGAGAGACAGGUUGUGGAGUGGUUUGUUCAGAUUGCCAUGGCCCUUCAGUAUUUACACGAGAAGCACAUCCUCCAUCGAGAUCUGAAAACGCAGAAUAUCUUCUUGACCAAGACGGACAUAAUCAAAGUGGGUGAUCUGGGCAUCGCACGUGUCUUGGAGAAUCAGAACGACAUGGCCAGCACUCUGAUCGGCACACCUUACUACAUGAGUCCAGAGCUGUUCUCCAACAAACCGUACAACUACAAGUCGGACGUGUGGGCUCUGGGAUGCUGCGUGUAUGAAUUGGCAACUCUAAAGCAUGCUUUCAACGCAAAAGACAUGAACUCUCUUGUGUAUCGGAUCGUAGAAGGGAAGCUGCCCCAGAUGCCGAGUAAGUUCGACCCCCAGCUGGGAGAACUGAUCAAGCGGAUGUUGUGUAAGAAACCAGAGGACAGGCCUGACGUCAAACACAUCCUCCGACAGCCGUACAUCAAACAGCAGAUCUCCAUGUUCUUAGAGGCCACCAAAGAGAAAACCGCCAAAUCACGGAACGAUACAGCAAACAGCAAACCGAAAAGUGCCCAAUCAGAUGCCUCAAACGAACCAAAUCAUGACGUCCGGCCACAAUGUCUAAACUCUGAGUCAAAGACCCGAGGAGGAACGGUUGAAGAAAACCACUCGAACCGACACGAAUCCUGUAAUGUUGCAGUGGAAAAAGUGGUUCCUAACCCACACCUGCCAUCUAAAUCUCUAAGUCGGGACGUUAGUAACUCAACCAGUCGAUUUACAGCAACCAUUAGCAAUAUAGCUAUUGAAAUCCAAACCCAGAAACAGAGAAAAGCCAAACCCAGCAGCCAUCAGAAACACAAUCUGCCAUCUGUGAGCAAGAGGAGAGAGAAAGAGGAGAAAGGAGAUCUCGGUCCUCCUCAGACAAACCCUCUGAAACACAUAUUAGGUGACAGCAGAACUGAGGAUAAGAUGUCGGCGGACGGACUGAGAUCUCAGAAUUCAACUACAACCAAACCUGCCACGAUCCUAAGUGAGAAUAAGGCUCUUGAUGUAAGUAUGGAUUUUAAAGAUGAUACUAUGAAGCUUCUGCAGGAGGCAGGGAUGGAGGACAUCCCGCAUGAGCCAAUUGAACAACAUCACAAUGCUGAGACAAAGCUGGAGAGCCGAAGAACUUCAUCAGCUAGUGAUGAUAAUCAUAGCGGCGCUUGUGUCCUAAAUGAUGUUCCCGCUGGAAGUUCAGCUGAGGAGAGUGAGGGAGGUUUAGACUCCACGGAGAAACUACUCAAGCCUGUUCCUGUCAUUUUAAUGGAGCCGUCCAGUUCAGAGAGCUCUUCAGCGCUCUCAGAUCAAAGCAGAGCAGUUAUUCUGCCCACUUCCUCUUCUUCUGAUCCAUCCAUGUCACGUCAGCGCAGGCAGAGGAAGAAAGUCAAGUCCCUCGAUGACCAGAACAGUCAGCCAGUCAAAGCAGUGCCAAGACCUAUGCCGCCUCUUCUGGAAGAUGUCCUAUCAGUAAACAGCCACUCGGAGAAAAACAGCCCUUCCAGUCUCUCAUCGUCUACCAGGAAUGUUCCAGAGCAGCAGAAUUCAGUUUACUUACAGAUUCGUCCACUGUCAGCCAGGGAAAGGAGAAGACUGAAGCAAUUACAGGAGAACUCCAGACAACAAGCUGCGUCCGCUGUCCCCUCGUUAGACGGCGAGCAGACAGACCAGCUAGACUGCACAAGACCUGGAAGCACAACUGCUGAAAUGAAAAAGGAGAGGAUGUGCUCAUGGAGGCAGUCUGACGAAGAUGAGUGUAGCUCCUCCACAAGCUCCACUGAACCUUCAGAGGGUGACUACAGAGAGAGAAAGCGUGAGACCAGUGAGAUGCAAGACUUGGUCCAAAUGAUGACACAGACGUUACACAUGGAUGCCAGAGAUGUAUCAUUAGAGCCUGAUGGGACACAAUGCCACUCUACUCCGCUGCCGGAGUUCAAGCUAAACAGGAAGUACAGGGACACCCUGAUGCUUCAUGGGAAAUCCAGAGAGGGACAGGGAGACUUCCAGAUCAGUGGCUUCCCAGGUCAUAAUUCUGGGAUUUACUGUUGUAUUAUUUCAAGUAAUUCUGCAUUUUUAGCCUGGGGACAGAACCUAUCAUGUUUCUAAUGUUGUGUUUUUAGACGACAGCACGGGUCCAGCAAAGGUCAGGAGAGUGAUGGAGCACUUGCGUACAGAUGUGGUUAAAGGACUCGGGGUGAAGCUAUUGGACAGAGUCCUGGACAUCAUGCAGGAAGAGGAUGAAGACAAGAGAGAGGCAUGUUGGCUAAAGUCUCGUUGUACAGUACAUUAGAAAUAAACAAGAUUCUAUACUUAGGCCAUUGACAAAAAAAAUACCACAUAAGAGAUUUGUGCUCUGCUUUUCUAUCCAGAACUUACUGCAAGAGCAAAUGGGGGAGGAAAAAUAUAAGCAGUACGCGAUGAAAGUCCAACAGCUGAAGUUCUUUGAGGACGUCGCAUUCAAAGACUGAGCCUCCUCCACACGAGGGAUCUCUCGUCAAACACAUUACUGCUGAAGGCCAGCAGACUUCAUGCUCUUAAAAGAUGUAACACUUCAUUGAAGCCUCCUAUCAACAAUCACUGUUACUUUUAAUGCUUUCGUAAAUGUGUAGAGAUAGAAAGUGAGUUAAACACCAGAUAUGCAAAAAAAAAACAAUGCUGUUAUCAUGCACCUUUAAAAUACAUAAAAGCAUUAUUUUAGGAUAUUGUCUUUCUAUUGGAAAUGUGGACCUAUGCUAUGUAGAUAGCAAUCUUGAAUCUCAACUGUUUUUCUAUCUU